AACAACAAUAAAAAAGACCCUACACACGUGCUUUUCACAAUUCCCCGAAUUCAAAUUCCUUUGCCCUCCUCCAACGGCUACACGCUGUCUCUCUCUCUUCCGCAUCCUUCUCUUUCGCCUCCUUGUCUUCCCAAACCUUACUCCUUGUCAUUUCCACUCUCCCCCUGGAAGUCUCUGUGAUUUGUGCUCACAAUGAAGCACUUCAUGCAGCCAAGGAACGCGAUCUUGAGGGAGACGCAUUCCACGGAUCCACCGUCGUCGCUGAGCCCUAGCUUGGCCAAGCCGAGGCCGCCCAGGAAGCCGAAAUCGGCGAAGGAGAACGCGCCUCCGUUGGAUCCGAACAUGCCGUACGAUUCGAAGCAAUCUCCGGCCAAGUUGAAGAGUCAACUGCCACCGAGGCCGCCGUCUUCAAAUCCUCUCAAGCGGAAGCUAAUCAUGGAGACUGUGCCUGAAAAUUCAGUACCCGGAGGUUCUGAUUCCGGCGUCAAGGUAAUUGUCCGAAUGCGGCCACCACACAAGGAGAGGGAUGAUGAAGGUGAUGUGAUAGUUCAGAAAACUUCCAGUGAUUCGUUAUCCAUUAAUGGGCAAACCUUCAGAUUUGACUCAGUUGCUGACAUUGAUGCCACACAGCAAGAUAUCUUCCAGCUCGUAGGAGCACCCCUUGUUGAAAAUUGUUUGGCUGGAUUCAAUAGUUCUGUAUUUGCAUAUGGACAGACGGGAAGCGGAAAGACUUAUACUAUCUGGGGUCCGGCCAAUGUCUUGUUGGAAGGAAACUUGUCUGGUGAUCAACAAGGGUUAACCCCCCGUGUUUUUGAGCAACUCUUUGCUCGCAUAAAUGAGGAGCAAAUCAAGCAUGCUGACAAGCAACUUGAGUAUCAGUGUUACUGUUCUUUUCUUGAGAUUUACAAUGAACAAAUCACAGAUUUGUUGGAUCCGAAUCAAAAAAAUCUCCAGAUAAGAGAAGAUGUCAAAUCUGGUGUCUAUGUUGAAAAUCUCACAGAGGAGUCUGUUUGUACGAUAAAGGAUGUGGCUCAGCUCUUAUCAAAGGGAUUGUCACACAGGAGGAUCGGUGCAACUAGUAUAAAUGCUGAGAGUUCCCGUUCACAUACUGUUUUUACUUGUGUUGUUGAAUCACGAUGCAAGAGCAAGGCAGAUGGUUUAAGCAGCUUCAAAACAAGCAAAAUAAAUCUUGUUGAUCUAGCUGGUUCAGAGCGACAGAAGUUAACUGGUGCAGCAGGGGAACGUUUAAAGGAAGCAGGGAAUAUAAAUAGAUCGCUCUCACAGCUUGGGAAUUUGAUAAACAUUCUCGCUGAAGUUUCUCAAACAGGAAAGCAAAGACAUAUCCCCUAUAGAGACUCCAGGUUGACAUUCUUACUGCAGGAAUCUCUUGGGGGAAAUGCAAAAUUAGCAAUGGUUUGUGCUAUUUCUCCAUUGCAAAGCUGCAAGAGUGAGACUUUUAGUACAUUGAGAUUUGCACAGCGUGCCAAGGAUAUUAAGAACAAGGCAAUUGUUAAUGAAGUAAUGCAGGACGAUGUGAAUCACUUGCGUGAAGUGAUACGGGAGCUAAGGGAUGAACUACAUAGAAUAAAGGCAAACUCCAACAACCCCAGUGAUUCAAAUGGAGGGCACUCAGCAGCAUGGAUCCGUAGAAGUUUGAAUCUACUAAAGUCUAACCUCAAUUGUCCAAUAACAUUACAUAAUGUCGACGAUGAUGGUGAUGAGGAGAUGGAAAUUGAUGAGGAAGCUGUUGAGACGCUCUGCAAUCAAGUUGAUAAGCAAAUAGCCGGUAAUGAAGUUAACAAUAAAAUUGAUUUAAGCAAUAUAGAAACAGUAACUUCAGACUUGCUAUUUGUGGCACCUAAAGAUGUAAGUUUUAAUGAGUCUCAAUGCUACACAUCUGCAGGUGGAUGUAUUAGGGAACAAAGUUCUGAGGAUACAGAUGUUAAUAUGGAAGAAGGAGCAUCUGAACAGGAUGAAAUCAUGAUUGUUGAUAGUGCAGAACCUGUUAGAAACACGUCAAAUUUGUCCAAUGUUAAUGUGCUGACUGAUGAUAACCUCCUAGAGGAAAAUCACAUAGAAAGUAACACACUUGACAGGGAUCCCUCUCCACCACCCGCUGAGGAGAAAGCUAUUCUUAGCUCAUCUAUGAGCAAAUUGCUAGAUGAAGAAUCACCAAGCAAAAAUGUAAGGGAUAAUUCUACCUGCUCAGCCUCUGAACCUCUUAAUGGGGUUUCUGCUGGCAUUUGCAGUGCAGAUGCACCAAAUGAUUUUUCUAAUGGCUCAGCGAAUUGUAUGUCUCCUCCUAGCCUGUGCAUAGUUCCAUCUGAUGUAUCCCCAGUGCUUAAAUCUCCAACUCCAAGUGUUUCACCCAGAAUCAGCUGCAGCAGGAAAAGCCUGAGGACUUCAUCAAUGUUGACUGCUUCCCAGAAAGAUCUUCAGGAUGACAACAAUUUAAGCCCAGAGGCUGCUCAUAUGUCUUCCAAGAAAUCCAUGAGAAGCAGCUCUUCUAAUGUCCUGUCCACUCAAAAAAGUAAGAACUUGCUUUCUCCAACCGAACAUUUGGCAGCAAGCAUCCGCCAUGGCCUUGAAAUUCUUGAUAGUCAUCGCCAAAGUUCAGCUCUAAGGCGGUCAUCAUUCAGGUUUUCGUACAAACCUGCAGAAUCUAAGCCAAUGUUGCUGGUUGACAAAGUUGACGUGGGUGUACAAACCUUUCCUGGUGAUAUGCCAGAAGAAGAUUCAGUUGCAUUUAUGUGUACUAGUUGCAAGAAUAGAAUGCAGCUAGAGGUCAAAGAGGCUGAUGACAGUUCAAACCUACAGCUAGUACCUGUUGAUGGCUCAGAGUCCACUGACAAAUUGAAGAAGCUAGUUCCCAAAGCAGUGAAGAAGGUUUUGGCAGGAGCUAUCAGGAGGGAAAUGGCACUAGAAGAUUUCUGUGCCAAGCAAACUUCUGAGAUUGUGCAGCUUAACCGCUUGGUGCAACAAUACAAGCAUGAGAGGGAAUGCAAUGCCAUAAUAGCGCAGACAAGGGAGGAUAAAAUUCUUCGCCUGGAAAACCUUAUGGAUGGUGUUUUACCCACCGAGGAGUUCAUGGAGGAAGAGCUAAUGUCCCUCACACAGGAGCAUACGAUUUUAAAGGAGAAAUAUGAGAAUCAUCCUGAAGUUUUAAGGACAAAAAUCGAGUUAAAAAGAGUUCAAGAUGAGCUGGAACAUUAUCGGAAUUUCUACGAUAUGGGUGAGAGGGAAGUGUUGUUCGAAGAGAUUCAAGAUUUAAGAAGCCAGCUACAAUUUUACAUAGAUUCUUCUUCCACUGCAUCUCGAAAACAGAAUCAGCUACUGCAAUUGACUUAUUCAUGUGAGCCCAGUUCAGCUCCACAUCUUAGUGCGAUUCCAGAGUCAACUGAUGAGGGUCCGGAGAAGAAACUUGAGCAGGAAAGAAUUCGUUGGACUGAGGCGGAAAGCAGAUGGAUUUCUCUCUCUGAAGAUUUAAGAAUUGAACUUGAAGCUAGCAGAUCACUAGCCGAGAAGAGGAAGCAAGAACUAGAAACUGAGAGGAAAUGUACCGAAGAGCUACAGGAAGCAAUGCAGAUGGCAAUAGAGGGGCAUGCGCGCAUUCUGGAACUGUAUGCAGAUUUGGAAGAGAAACAUAUUCAAUUGCUUGCAAGGCACAGGAAGAUCCAGGAAGGAAUAGAGGAUGUCAAGAAAGCAGCUGCUAAAGCAGGAGUUAGGGGUGCUGAAUCAAAGUUCAUAAAUGCCCUUGCUGCAGAAAUUUCAGCAUUAAGGGUAGAAAAAGAAAAAGAGAGGAGAUAUUUUAGGGAUGAGAAUAAAGGACUUCAGGCUCAAUUGAGGGACACUGCUGAAGCUGUGCAGGCUGCAGGAGAAUUACUUGUGCGAUUGAAAGAAGCAGAAGAGGCUGUCGGUGCUGCCCAGAGGCGAGCUUCGGAGGCAGAGCAAGAAACUGAGAAGGCCUUCAAACAGAUUGAAAAAUUGAAGAAAAAACAUGAAAAGGAGAUUAACACCCUCAAUGAGCUCCUUGCUUCUCGUUUACCUAGAGAAGCAAUACAGCCAAUUUAUGAUGAUACUCAUAAUGCCAAGCAUGAAGCAGGGGACACCCAUGAUGCAAGUGAUCAGAGAUGGAGAGAGGAAUUCGAGUCAUUCUAUGAUGGUAAAGAUGACGGUGAGUUGCCGAAACUCACAGAACCCUCAUCAUGGUUCUCUGGUUAUGAUCGAUGCAACAUAUAAAACAGAAAAUUACUGGCCAGUGUGUAAGAUUUGUAGCAUAUUUUUACUGGUGCUCUGGUUGGUAAGAUUUGUAGCAAUUGUGAUUACCAACAUAUAUGUUCUCUUAUUACUGUUUGUCAAUUCAGAUUCCUGAGUUCAUAAGAUAGAUAUGAAUGAAUCAUCAUAUUCUUUUAUU